UAGUUCACAACCCUUUUUACACAACAAUAUUUAGUUCAUUAUAUUUGGCUUCUAAAGAUAUAAACAUCGAUAUUUCGAUAUUUCUUUUUAGCUUACGAUCAAUACUACAACAAAUUGAAAUCCUCGGCUUUCCGCUGUUAAACAGUUUUCUUCUAAAUUUAAAACCAAACGAAAUGGGGAUCGCAGAGACAGAAAAGAGACCACCAAGAGACGCAUUUGACGUCAAGGCCCAAAAGGCUAGAAGUCGCUCAUUCUUAAAGCGUCGCUCAGUACAAUUGAGCACAAAUUAUUUGCAAACAAAUUUGUGCACCAAUUUGCAGCGCCAAUGGAGUCGUCGUCGUCUGCGUCGUCUAUUUUGGUCUGAUAAGAAUUGCGCCGUAGAUUCAACACGUCGCAAGGAUGUGAAACCGAAGGUUUGGCCAUAUUCCAUAUACUCAUUUGUGCCAAUGCUCUUAGUCUUAGGCUUCAGCUUCGGUAUCACAGUUUAUCAAAACACUGACAUCGUCUCGAAGUUCAUGCUGCGUUACACUGCACAAUACCAGGCCACAGUGCACAAUAAGUUCAACUAUUGCGACCGCACCAUGCCUUUGCAUGAUAUAUUUGAGAACAUUCAUGACGCUGUUAUCAAUCAGGAGUUGGCGCUGAAGCAACUCGAACAGGCAUUGGCCAACCAGAGCUUUCAGCCCAUUGCGCUAGUCGGCACUUCAGGCGUGGGCAAGACCCUGACAAUACGCAAACUGAUUGAAACAUAUCCGUGGCCGGAGAAUGUUCAGACCAUUGCAUGGAACGACUAUGAGCUCAUUGAUAACGACGCACGCUAUAAGGCCGUAUGGAAAAUGUUGCGCAAUCUCGCCCAUUGCGGUCGCAACUUGAUCGUUAUUGACAACAUGGCCGUGUGCGACUUAGACUAUGUGACAUCAAUAAAUGGCCUGGUACUCUCUAACUCAGAUGUGGCCAAUGGCACCAACGAUCCCGACAAGAAGCUGCUGACCAUCAUCUAUGUAUUCAAUGUGAAUAGCAUGCUCCCGGAGGAGCACUACAACGAGCAAUUGAAGAUGUUGCAACAGAUAGAGGCAACAGAGACGAUUGUCUAUCGUAUGUUUGGGCCCCAAGAUCUGGAGAAGUGUGUGCGGCAUGAGGAGCGACUGUUGGGCCUGAUUUUAGAUGAACAACAUUUCGAAGACAUGGUCAAUACAACAAAUGUCAAGGUAUCCGGCUGCAAGACUGUGCGUGCCAAGGUUCUGGUCCAUGGACGGCCCCUGAUGAACGAUAUCGAUAUGCAGAGCAAGCUGGAAGCAAUUCCAGUUGAAGGCCAUUAAGGCAGAGCAUUAGUGUUUUCAAGUUGUUAUUUUUUUGUUUAUUUUUAUCUCUUUCGGUAUUUAACCUUGUUAAGCACGACAAAAGAAGACUGAAGAAGAGCUAAAUACGAUUAUGGGCAGGACAUUAGAUGGUAGAAUUCUGUUAGAAUCCUUUGGCACUCAUUCCUAUCUAGUGUAUUUCGCUAGUAGUUUUAAGAUUAUUUUAAUGUUUGUUAACCUGAAGCUUUUUAGAGUUUCGCGACCGAUCGACAACUGAGACUGAGACUGAGAAUAGGUUCUGGAAAAGUUCCUUAUGUAAUCCAUUUUCUUUAAUUGUGAUCAUACAUAUACCCUGGCUAUAAUAAAGAUAAAAUAUAUAUGACCA